AAAAGUAGUAUCAUGGAGUUCAUAAAGUUUUUCCUUGUCGUAGCAAUUGCUUUGGUUUUGGCUAAGUCGGUAACGUCAUCGAACCCUAAAUCCCUGUUGGAUUAUCAAAGAGAGUAUACUGGAAAUUUUUCUCAUCCAAAAAUCAUCAAUGGAAAGCCUGCUGAUGAGAAAGAAUUUCCAUACUUUGUUGGCAUUAUUGAAUUCAAUCCUUUCUUAAUUUUUGCACGAUGUGGCGGAGCCAUUAUUCAUCCUAAAUGGGUCCUUACAUCUGGUUUUUGUGUUGAAGAUUCUCAAAUUGCUGAUUCAGUUGUAUUCUUACUCGAGAUGGGCUCUAUUGUGUCAGGUGCACCAAGAGUAGAAUAUAUAUUGACCUCUUCGAGUGUUUUUCUUCAUCCGGGUUUCGAUAGUGAUACAAUGGACAACGAUAUAGCUCUUCUCAGUUUACCAUCAUCCGUACCCAAUGAUGAGUAUGUCAGACCAGUUGCAUUAGCAGCAGAAGAUACUUCUAAAGAAAGUCUCGUUGGCCAAUUCAUUACUAUUGCUGGAUUUGGAGCUACUUCAGAUGAUGGUACACUUCCUGAAAUAUUACAGGAAGGAAAUACAGCUCAGAUUCCGAUAAUUAGCGAUAUAGCUUGUGAAAUUUCAUCGAACGGAUAUCAGUUACCAACAUCACCAAUCUUUUGCUCUAGAGGAAAUUCAGGUCGUAGUGCACCCGCUAUGUGCAUUGGAGAUAGCGGUGCUCCUGCUACAGUCAUGAUGAAUGGUGUACCUACACUUGUUGGAAUUGGUUCUGCCAUUUUAGGUUCAGGAUGUGGUAAUUCACCUCAAAUUUACACCUAUAUUCCUGAAUUUUGUCCAUGGAUUGAUGAAAUUAUCGCAAAUAAUUAAAUUUCACGAUAAUAAAAUGUUGAAUUUCUGACAUGUCCAUCAGUAAA